UGCUUUAUUCGAAGACGAUCAGUGCGGGUAUUCAGCAUUCAUUCGUUGGCCUUGUGUAAUAUACAUUACGGUGUUUGAUCGAAUCGCGACCGGUUUUUACGUAACAAAUACUUUUUUUCUUGUUGUGUAAAAUUUUUGGAAAUAUUUCAAAUAUUAUCGAACAGUCGUAGCGCGCAGUUCUUGCAUAAUCCAAGCUAUAAAAGGAGGACGAAUGAUGCAGGCUAACGGCGCGGGAAUCGCCGAUGCAUCGCUCAGGCAUACUCGGGCCAUGUCCCUGGAGGAAUCCCGGCGCUCCCAGCGUCCCUAUCGCUACGGGAUGGUCUUGCUGUGCGUCGGGGCUCUGAUCAACUGGUUGGGUCUAGCUGAGAACUACGUGGAGCCAGUGAGAUACAUCGGAGUGGCCUGCAUCGUCGCCGGAGCUCUCCUUAUAUGCGCAGCAAUGUGUUGCUGGCUUCACGCCCCUCCGACUACUCGGCCGCACGUGUCAACGAUGCACUCAAAUCAUCCCAUAACUGCCCAGAUCGACGAUCCAAUUCACGUUAUAUCGAUCGAUGAACCCGCGGGUGGAUCCAGGCAAAAGCCUCCGGAUUACGAGGCGGUUGCUGACGCACCGCCGAGCUACGAUGAUGCGAUUAAAUUGAAUCCUGGACAAUUCGUCAGGUCGAGUGAUGCGGGGAUCACAGUUCCGGUGGAAGUUGGAAGAUCGUCAACCGGCCAACUUUCCGAAACCGAAGUUGCGCCAACGCCGCCUCCGCCAUAUGCGAGGUGAAUAACUUCACGGAGGGAAGAUUAACGCGUCUACGCCGCAGAAUCGAGAGAAGACAAACGAAACAGAGUUUAGCAAAAGUAAAUUAAUAAGUAAACUAGGGACCAUACAACGGGACCAAACCGCGUGGGAUGAAGAACAGAGGCGUCCAUCUUCUUAUUCAUUGAAGAAGGAGAGAGCGUGAUCAUAACUCUGAAAAUCCUCGGUCCGCACGCUGGCCGACGACGAGCUGACACGCCGCGAAACUUCCUUGAUACUUAAAAACAUAAAAAUAAUAAU